UAGUAAAAUUCUAGGGUUCCAAAUGGCCCUCUUUUGCUCACCUUGUAACUGUAAACCACUAAUUUUGUGCCCUAAAUUUCCAAGUAGUAAUUAUUGUGCGAUUGAAAGGCCCUUGAAAUCGAAAACCCCAAUUUUCGAAACCCCAAAUUUCACAAUCUCAAUAUCUGCUCCAACUAAAAUUUCCAACAACAAAGCGCAAUGUAGCUCAAGUUUGAGCUCUUCCGCUGAAUCGGAAGAAGAGCAUCCCUCCAGUGUCGUAGUCUUCGUAAAAGGGCUAGCGCAAUCAACGGGGGAGGGAGAGCUGAAGGAAGCAUUUUCGCGAUGUGGAGAAGUCAGUCGAGUCAAACUUGUACUCGAUAAGAAAACUAAGCAACCUCUCGGAUUUGCUUAUGUCUGGUUCGUGGGAGAGGAGAAUGCACAAGCAGCCAUUAAAGAGAUGAACGGUCAGUUCUUUGGAGGAAGAUUUAUACAUGUGGCCCUCCCAAAGCCCGGUUCCUGCAAAAUUCCUCAGAGGCCUAGCGUUUACAAAUUCUAGGUGGCCUAAUUCACCAAAUAAACGUUUUUGGUGCUGUGGAUUUAUUGUAUGUAUACUAUGGUAUAGCAUUCUCUCUUUUUUUUUUC